GAAACAGCGCCACCACAAAUGGCGGCAAUAGCCACUGUCCCGCCGCCACAACCACCACAAGAAGCAAACGUUCCCUUAGACUCCUUAAUCCACAUAGACAUCAGCACACUCUCUCAAUCAGAGCUCCAAGUCCUCUCCGUCUUCUCCUCUUCCUCCUCCUCGGCCUUCAACCUCUGCCGCACCCACGACCUCGUCGUCCCCAAAAUUGACCGAUCUGUCUUCAACGAGAGCGCCGGGUCCCGCCGGCAAACCUACUCUCGUCCCCGCCGUCAACAGUCUGAUACCUCCACUGCCGCCGCCGCCACUGGCCACCGUCGUCGCGUUGCCGGCCUGCUCGCUACUCCUCCUAAGCUCACUCUGGUGCCACAGGAUGACCCCGAACGCAACGAGAACCAUGCGAUCAUCGCUCACCUCAAGAACUUCAUUUCCCAGGACCCCAAAUUCGACCAAAUCGACUUCGAACCCUACCAUACGGCAUCAUUUUCCACGGCGCUUAUACCGAAUGACGACAUGAGGACCGGAAUUGUUGGUUUUGAGGGGAGAGGUGAAAUGGGGGUGAAGAAAAGGAAGCGAGGGAGGAAGCCCAAAGUGAAAGUCUUGGGUUUGGAGAAUGAGGGCUAUGCGGGUAUGGGGAUGAUGAAUACGGAGGGCGCUGCAGUCGACAUUUCCGGUUUGGGGAAUGCAGAAGAGCCUUUUGGGGAGGAGUUGAGGCGGAGGACGGUGGGUUUGGAAACGGAGGAGGAGUUGUUGGGGUUUAUGAGGGAAUUGGGUGGGCAGUGGGGGAGUAGGAGGAAGAAGAGGAAGAUAGUUGAUGCCAGUGAGUUCGGGAAUGCCUUGCCGGUCGGUUGGAAGCUCUUGCUGGGGCUUAAGAGGAAGGAAGGACGUGCUUGGAUAUACUGCCGCCGAUACAUAAGCCCUACUGGAGAACAAUUUCUGACCUGCAAGGAAGUUUCUUCAUUUCUGCUCCCCUUCACCCAUCACAGUAAUGCGCAGCACCUAGAUGGUGGCCAUGCGCGUGAGAAUGUUCAGGAAGAGUGCAUAGUGGCUACUGAAAAUCAGCAUGCUGAUAAGCAUGGAGACCGUAGGCAAGAUGUGAAUUCCAGCUCUGCUCUAGUUGUGUCUUCUAUGUCUAAUGAGCGUGAAAAGGAAGUUACCUUAUUGGGAGUAGACAAUCUUGCUGAGGUUCAGAUACAUGACCUUUUUGAAUGUCACAAAUGCAAUUUGACUUUUAAUGAGAAGGAUUCAUAUUUGCAGCAUCUAUUGUCCCUUCACCAAAGGACUACGAGGAAGUAUAGACUUGGUUCUACUGUUGGUGAUGGUGUGAUAAUUAAAGAUGGGAAAUAUGAAUGCCAGUUUUGCCAUAAGGUAUUUCUGGAAAGGCGUCGCUACAAUGGUCAUGUAGGGAUUCAUGUUCGAAAUUAUGUCAGGAGGGUGGAAGAAUCGCCAGGUCCAACAACUCUUCAAAAGAGAAUAGAGUCUCCAAACAGUGAAGGUUUGCCAUCAAGGACUUCAAAAAUGGAUGCUCUGAUUGAAAUUGCUCAAAACUCUAUCAUGGAAACCUCAACUGCUGGGCCUAAUGAUCAAUCCAACGGUGAUGCUGCACUUGAUAAACCAUACAUGGGAUGUAGUUCAGAAAUUCAUGCUUCUGAUUCUCAUCAAGAAACGAACAUAGAUUCACCUCUUAGUGAACAGGACCUGGACGGUCGCUUGUUUGACAGAAUUGAUUCAGAUCAACACGAUAGUGAGCAUACAAUAACUGAUGGAAGUAUGGACGGAGCUGAUGAUCCUAUGGAAGUUGAAGAUAUUAAUGACUCUUGUACGAAUACAGACGAGUUAUCUGCUACAGAGAAAAAGGGUAAACCAUCUGAAUGUUCUUUGGAGAAAGAUGGCUUGGCAUCCACCUCUGAUGAGUUAAAGAAGUCUGGCACUAAUCAGGAUGGAGCUACUUGCUGCAAGAUAGAUGCUUCUUCGAAUGACAAGUUUAUUCUUGAUGCAGUAGGGAAUGAAAUUUUGAAUGGCACAAGUGCAUUAGAGCAUCCCAAUGUCAUUGAUCACAGCACUAACAAGAAUAGUGAACAAGCAGUUGACUUUGGUAGCAGCAUUGAACAGGAACCAUCUAAAUCUAGUGAUACUUUGAUAGAAUCUGUACUCCAAGCUUAUGAAGGAAAUGAACUGCAAAUUGGGAUUUCGGAUUCCUUAAUAUCAGUGAAUUCAGUGGUCUGCUUUCCGACAUCUACUGCAAUAUCCGACGAGGGAGACCAACGUCUUAGCAGUGUUGCCCAUAGGCAUGAUGAUACAGGGUUUGAGGAGCUAGGGUUGGACGAAAUAGAACCACUGAAGUAUGGAUUUCCUAGUGGGCAAGAAUCUAUUACACUGCAGGAGGUACCAAUGGAUUUGACAAAUAAUGCAGAGAUGGAAAAGGCAUUUGGUUCCUCUGUCCAGUUUGAAUCAGAAGAAGUCAUGCUAAGCAUGGCUGGCAGACGUCAGAUAACAACUGCGUGUGUAUGGUGCGGAGUAGAGUUCAACCAUGAGGCUGUUGAUUCUGAAAUACAACCAGAUUCGGUCGGUUUUAUGUGUCCAACUUGCAAAACAAAAAUCUCUGGGCAACUCCAUGUGUUAGAUGAUGACAUGCCUGUGAAUGCUAAUCCAUUCUAAACAACGGUAUCCGUGUGAAUUGGCAUCUCUCCCUGCCUCUGCGCUUUUCUCCGGUCAGCGGUAAACUGAGAAUCUAAGAGACCGAAAUUAAAGGGUGCCAUUGGCAUUGAAUAAGGCAAGGACAUCUAGUUCUUGUAAGAUGGUGCCGAUAUUCCCCUCUUUUUCAAUUUAACAGUUAAGACAGGCCUCAGUUUAUUUAUAUUGAUUUUUAAUACAAGCGGUGUUACUCUAUACUGAGGCAACAAAGAGUGAUAUUCUCGUUAGAUGUGGGUCCUUCGUGGUUGAGGAAUUAUGUUGUAUUUCUAAUGAGUAUGUAAUAGAGGAAUUGUGGCGUUUCAUUUGGUAUGUGUAGCUCUUGUUCAUGCUC